CUUUUUGUUCACUAAACUAAUCUGUAGUGCAAUAUUAAAAGUGGAAAAAAUAUAUCUUUAAAAAUGAAAAAAACAAUGUACAACACGUUUUUAGGUUUGGAUUAUGACUAGUUUUUCGACUUGCCCUGGUAAGUAUUCACCUACAAAUCACAUUGACCAUUAUGCAUCAUCAUUAUUAUUAUUAUUAAUAUUUGCAUGAACAAUAUCCUGAUUUAUUUUUUACAGCAAUAAUUAAACCGGAUCUCAUUCAAGGUCAGCAGAGAUGAUGGAAAAAAUAAAGCAUAAGUACAUUAGUCACUGGAUUCCUCGCAUUCAGACUGUUGUAAAUGGCAGCAAGACAAGUUUAGCAGGUACGACAGGCGGGAGGAAGGCGGAGAGGAAAAACACACACAGAAGAGGUGGAGACACAUGGCUUAUGUUAACUAACUGAUGAUGAAAACCCUAGCGAAUGGAUUGAGGAAGUCAGAAUGAAGAGCAGGUUGAACACAUUUCACAUCUUUAUUGGAUGAACAGCGGGAAAAAUGAGCGACCCCAAAACAUCAGGGCUCAACUGAUCUUCAGCUCAGGCAUCUCUGCACAGCACUUCCACUUUACUGUUAAUCAGCUUCUACACCUCUAUAAUGGGCGACAGGAGGGAGAAACCACAGAGCAGCAGAAAAGGGUCUAACGCCAAGCCGAAGCUUGAAAGCAAAGGCAGCUUAAACCUGGGAUCUUCAGAGCAGCGACAGAGGGCUGACAAGCCUGUCAGGAGAAGCCGGAGCAAUGACACGGAGAACCGGCGACGUGAAGGCAGCCGAGGCAGAGAACGGGACCGGAGAGAUGAAGGAAGACCACAGCGGGGGCGCAGCGAGGAGGGGCGGAGGCGAGGCCACAACCAUGAGCCUGGAAACAGAGCCUGGGACAAAGAGCGUCCCAAAGAUGAACUGCAAGACACAGAGUGCAUCGUAUGCUUCUGCAACUUCGACAACGUCUUCAAAACCCCAAAGUUACUGUCUUGUGGACACACGUUCUGUCUGGAAUGUCUGGCUCGGAUAAAUGUAAACUCUCCGGAGAUCAAAACUCUGACUUGUCCGAUUUGCAGAGAGGUGACAGAAAUCCGACAUGGCCGAGACCUGCCACAUUUGUUAAAUAAUGAAGCCAUUUUUCGGCAACUUCCAAGUGAAAUGCAAAGGGCGCUUUCUGUGCGCUUCAAGCGCAGCAAGGGCAAACUCGUCCUCAAGAAUCCUCCAACAAACAACUCCAUUAAGACCACUUUAAAUCUGCCGGUGUUAAAGAAGAAAGAGGAGCAAGCUGGAAAUAAUGCUAUUGGAGCUAUAGAGGAAGGUCUCGGCCAGGCGACUAUGAUCAACGUGGGAAGGCCUCCAAACAGGAUGAGGGGUCGCAUGAGGAGGGUAAUGUACUCCAGUCAGUGCUAUUACGCCGUAGUGGCAGUCAUUAUCUCCAUCACUGUGGCUCUAAUGAUGGUGGGUAUCUUCACCUUUGUGGUGAUGCCUAACUUGCAAAGACCAAUUACCAAGCCAUUACAGAACCAAACUGGAAGCAGUGCGGUUCAAGCUGACUCUUCGCCUUGAGGGAUGAGGAAACUCAAAACGCUUGGGUAGGAUGACUUGCAUAGCAAAACAAGAUUCUUGGAAGCUUUUGCAUUGUAUCCAGCACUGCCCUUUUUGUUUGCUUUUGUCUGAGAUGCUUCAGGCGGGCUCGAUAGGAAUUAACUGGAAAAACUUGAACGUGAUGCACACUGUUGUUUGUUGAGCACAGAUAUAUGCAGACAGUUGUUUUAAGAGCAAGAGGGAACAAUGCAAUGAUGACAUCUACUCUGACCUACAAUGAAUUGUAUUGUAAAAGUAUGAAUCAAUGGGUAUUGUUUUGUUAAGGCUGGAAAAUGCUGUACUUUAUUCUUAUAAACGAACUAUAUUUUUCAUGUACCUGAAUGUGCUACUCCACUAUGUUUUGCGGUAUUAAGAUCGAAGGAUAAAAAUGUGACGCCUCAUGAAUGCAAAAAAAUAUGCUUCUAAUACUGUAUGUAACAACGCAAAUGUAAGCUCAUAAAUGUUCUUUCUCAUGUUGGAAAAACAUUUAAUAGAUGCGUAUAAGUCUUUGAAUUGUGUUGCACAUGAUGUAUUUUCAUAGUUUUUUAUUCAAAUGCACAAACAGAGAAAUGUCACAAUGAAAAGGGGAAACUAAUAAGCAUUGUGGUGCAUUUUCUGUUUAAUUGACUUUGAAGUAUAAUGCACACAAAAAUAAAUGUUCUUCCGUGGCUAAAAGGAAAAUGAUACAACCAGUAAACAUCUUGCCUUGUGUCUUUAUAUAGAGCGAUGCAUAGCUUGCUUGUGUCACCUUCUAAAUCCUUAAAUGAAGCUUAAACAUACUAAGAUCUCAUGUGUAUCAGUUGUUUACUAUCAUAAAUAAGGGUUAAAACUUGUAUAAGUGAUAUAAUUUCAUGAACGAAACAAAAAGCCCUGUUGCAGACACAAAACGAUGUAAUUUAAAUGCAAGUAACCUACCUUAUAGUUUGAAUAACAAACUGAAAGGGGAUGAAAAUAAUUCCAAUACAUUUUUAGUAAAGAAAGUCUGCUGAAGUUCAAACUGAGAGCCAGAAUGAGAAAGAAAUGGGUUUUAGGUGAAUUUGAAUAUGAUGUGUUUGUUGUUAACAGGCUGGUCCGAGUAUUUCAGAAACUACUGAUCUACAGUAUAAGUUGGAUAGGUACAGGCUAGUAUUACUGCAGCAUUUGUUCAAGAGAGUGUUGCAGUGUGCUUUAGCAUUCAUAACAUGUUGUAAAUAUAACUACUAUAGGCUUAUAGUUCACGUUAUGGUUCAAAACAGUAGCCUAUAGUAUUUACUAGCGCUCGAGCUCUUUAUUCUCGGGAUUUUUGAACAGAAAAUAGGCUAAAUCGUAAGUAUUUAUCGUUAUAUAUGAAGACCGUGUUUUAUAAAUGCCUGACAGAUUUGAUGAGCUGGUUAACCUGAAAAGUACUUCACAAAAAGUAUUGCACAUAGUAAUGACAGCUUAGGAUGCUUUUAAAAAUAACUAUCUUUCACACCGUGUACACGAGGGGGGCAUGUGAGGUGCACGUUAUUCCCCACAGCAGGACACUCGAAUAACCAACCCCUCGACCUGACGCAAGUUUGUAGCAAGACUCUCCACAUGAUCAAAUUCAGCGCUUCAAAGUCAAAAUCGCACGCUGGGGUUUAUUCGCCUCUUUAAGCGAUACAAACGAUUUUAUUUGGAGUUGCCGGUGUUUGGAGUCUCGACCGCACAUCUGCAAUGGCUUCGACGCCCUCCGCUUCAGCCCUGUCAGCUGUUCUCCGCUGUCAGCGCAAUCUCCUCACCCGAAAACAGCCGAACAAGAAGCGGCCUCCGGCGGCGGGGUACGGGCUCGGGAUUAUGGCAUACGGAGAUUCGCUCAAGGCUUAUUUUCGGGGACUCAUAUUUAACGGGACGCGAGUGGAAAUUCCAGGAGUUUUGUCCGCGACGGCGCGACUUUCUCAAACGUCCCGUUGGGGGAAAACUUCGCUGGGAAAUAAGAAAGGGGUCAAAAACACCCCGAAGACUGACAGCAAAAUGUUAACUGCCAAAGUAUCAACGACGAAACAUAUGUCGGACUAUAGUUCUGCCUUUAAAUCUCAAUCUUACGUUUUACCUCUUCGCCUGGAUGGCGUGUUACGAAAACAAAACUUAGAUAACAAAACUUAUAUUACUUGUCGUAUUUGUGUAGUUUGCGCUCACAGUAUGAGUUUACUAAACCACAAUAAUAUAAACUCGUUGUUUUCACAUGGAUUGUUGUGUUUUUUGAGGGAUACACUGUUAUAUUUCUCUACUGCUGUGGCAGACAGCGUGCGGACGCAACUGAACCUGAACCAGCUUCAUCCGGAUUGUGAUGAUGAGUCAAGCGGAUGCAUCAGAUGUACCUCUGAACAUCUUGAGGAUGAGCCUGAGACAGUCAAAGUAGCCAAACCUGAGGAAUGAAUGUUCUGAUAAAGACUUUCUGGAUGACAUGCAGUUCCGUCAUAUGCACUAACAUUGAUGACAAAGACAAGACACCCAUUUUGGAGUCUGCAUCAAAUUACAUUUAAAAUUAAUAGUGUACAUUAAAUGCAAGUGCCUCCUUUAAUGUAGGUUUUAAGUAUAGACUUUCAAUAUGUAGUCAAAUGAGUCUUGUUCAAAUGAUGCCUGACAAGAUUUUAUUUUUUUUGUAGUGUACACUAUUGGUACACUUAAUGACAUUGUAUUUAUACACUUUAUGAUUGAUUUGGCAACAUUUCGCAGCUAAAUGUUCUCUUAUAGGGGAAAGGAAGUUUACCAAAGUUGGCUGUUUUUAUGUUUAGACAAACCGAUAAGAAGUUAAGUGCAGUUAAGUGGAAAGGAAAUCAAUGCUGCAGUGCAUGUGUGACUUUUGGUCUGUAAAUAAACAGACCACUUGUGUCUGGCCAAAUCACAGAAGUGCUGAUAUUCAUUAAAUAGCACUCUUGCUAAUUAACAAAAACUGAAUCAAAAGGGAUUUUUAAAGGAUGAUUUGAGUUUACAGUAAUGUAACAACUUUUAGUGUCUGAUAUUUUAAUUGAUUGAAUGAUUUUGCAAUCAUGUUUAAUAUUUCAACUAUUCACUGAGCUAUUUUUCGUGUGCGAUUUAAUUAAAUAACAGUGGAAGUAAGUGCAGGUAAACUACAGAAAACAUUUAGUCUCAUAAUAUGAGAUCAUAAAAAUAUACAAUUAUAAAAUAUUGCAUAGCAUGUCCUUUUAAAUUUCAUAUAUUAGCAUUAAAAAAGUUGGGUUAAAAAUAAGCCAACAUGAAGCGCAAUGGUGGAUUGUUUUAACACAGACCUGCUGUUAGUUUAUUUCAAUUCAAUCCAUUAAGUGAGUUACAAAAAUAACUCGUUUGUUGUUUUUUUUGGCCAAAACAUUGCCCUAACUAUCCAUUAUUAUUACUUAUGGCUAUCAAAAGCAGAAAUGGAAAAUUGCUUGAUUGUCAUUUUUUUAAGACUACACAAUAUAAAAAUGAUUAGGC